GUUUUGAUGUAAAAACAUAGGGAGGGCAGUUAAUUAAUUUAUUGAAUAAUUUAGAAUAGUUUAUAACUAUGAAUGUGCUCAGAGUUCAGACAUCGGAAGGUACAAAACGCCUUGAUGUUAAACCUAAUGACACUACAUCUCAGCUGUUUGAAAAAAUCCAUGAUUUAUUUGAAUUGAGUGGCUUUGCAUUUGCUCUAUAUCGAGAAAAGAAUAAUCAAAAAGAGAUUAUAUCAAGUAAAUCUCGAACAUUGACUAGCUAUGACUUAAAACAUGGGGACAUGCUGUACUUAACACCAAUAAAUGGUGCCAAAAUUUUUUCUCAAACUACAUUAAGUAACGCAAAGGAAAAUAAUACCCCCUUUGGUGAACCAAUUCAUGAACCUAGCACUUCGAGUUCUUCAUCACAGAAUUUAAAUCAUGCUCCUGUUGAAGAUGAUGUAGAUAUUCAACUAACUAAAAUAGAUGGAAGAAUUGAAAGAGGACGAGAUGAUAAAUUGUGUCGUCACAAUUCAAAUGGCUGCUGUGUGCAUUGCUCACCUAUUGAACCAUGGGAUGAAGCAUAUUUGAAAGAGCACAAAAUAAAGCAUAUGUCUUUUCAUUCAUUUAUGCGUAAAAUGACUUCUGGUGUUGAUCGUGGAAAGUUUCUGGCCAUGGAUGACAUUUCUUGUAGCAUUAAAGUUGGAUGUCGAGAGCAUCCACCCUGGCCAAAAGGCAUAUGUUCAAAAUGUCAACCAUCUGCUCUAACUUUAAAUCGUCAAACUUAUCGUCAUGUUGAUAAUGUUAUGUUUGAAAAUGCUGCAAUAGUUGAACGAUUUCUAAACUAUUGGCGUUCAACUGGACACCAAAGGAUUGGAUUACUAUAUGGCAUGUACGAAAUGCACAAUGAUGUGCCGCUAGGAAUAAGAGCGAGAGUUGUAGCUAUAUAUGAACCUCCACAGGAAAGUACAAGAGAUAGUGUUACUUUAUAUCCUGAUUCAAAAGCAGAAGACCUUAAAAUUUUAGCACAACAAUUAGGUUUAACUGCUGUAGGCUGGAUAUUUACUGAUCUCAUUGCUGAAGAUGCUUCUAAGGGCACUGUAAAACAUGUUCGAGGUAUAGAUAGUCAUUUCUUAUCUGCUCAAGAAUGCAUUAUGGCAGGUUAUUUUCAAAAUGCUCAUCCAAAUGUGUGUAAACAUGCCUCCAAUAAUUAUUUUGGAUCUAAAUUUGUCACCGUUUGUAUCACUGGUGAUAAAAGUAAUCAAGUUCAUAUGGAAGGAUACAGUGUUUCUAAUCAAUGUAUGGCAUUGGUUCGUGAUAAUUGCCUUAUUCCAACUAAAGAUGCUCCUGAAUUAGGUUACGUUCGCGAGUCUUCCGAUAAGCAGUAUGUUCCAGAUGUCUACUAUAAGGAGAAAGAUUGUUAUGGCAACGAAGUAUUGCGCCUAGCUAGACCCCUACCUGUUGAAUACUUGCUAGUUGAUGUGCCUACUUCAACUCCCUUGGUGCCUCAGUUCACGUUCAAUACUUUACCGGAUAAAAUUGAAUUUCCAAUUGAAAAUCGAAUGUUGGAUGGUCAUUUGCAAGAUUUUAACGCUAUUGUUCAAUAUUUCAACCAGUUUACAACAAAUGAAUUUUUAGAGGCCAUGUCCGAUUUUCAUCUGUUGUUGUAUAUUACUACAAUGGAUAUGCUACCGUUAGGUUCUUGCAUUGGACCUCUGCUCACAGCUAUUCGCACAAAUAAUCGGCAACUAGCACAAGAAUGGAGUACCUCUGAACAUUGGGCGACAAUGGAACAACUUAUAGCAGCCAGCGGAAACUCUCCACCUAACAGCAGACCAAGUAGUAUGACUGGAGGGCCAACUUCGGCCUCAGCUAAUGCAGGCACAGGACCAGUAACAGCUGGAGAUGUUGGACGACCUUGGACUUGCCCCCAUUGUACCUAUAUUAAUCCGGCAGAUAUGGCUGCUUGUGACAUGUGCAGUUUACCAAGGAUGUGAGCUUAUGACUUAUUUGUAAAACCAAUUGUGAUUAAAAUUUAAAGUUGAGUGCUUUUCCAUGGAUGGUUGAAUGUUUACUGAAAUCUUUAGCAUAUGAAAUGAGAUGAUGAAAACAACAAGGUUUGUUGUAAAUACC